AACGAGUAACCUGUCGUACCUUUUUAUCACUCUAUCACGUUCGCCCAGUAAAGGACGUUUUCGCCUACGUGGUGGUCUUCUCGAGCGGUUUUCCAACAUCUGAUCGACGGGUGUCCCUUUUCAUUUCUGAUAAAAUCGUCAAAGAAAAGGAAACGUUUUCUCGAGGGAACGUUUCAAAAGGACGAUUGACUUUCUAAGCUUCUGACUGAUAAUCAAAACUGGAUCGACAAGUAUGAAGAUCGCCACGACCUUGUUCCUCUUCGUAGUCGUCGGAUGCACGUGGCGGGAGACACUAGGGACGUGUGUGUUUCAAUCGGACUUUGGUUUUGUGCUUAACUGCGCCUUCAAAAAAUCCGGCCUAUUUCGAGUACGAAAUCUUGGAGGGGUCAAAGGUUACGUCGGCCUGGGGUUCUCCGUCGGCGACGAGUUAGGUUUUGCUCAGUCUUUGUCAAACGUGGAGGCUGCCAAAAGAAGAAGCGUGCAAACUAACAGAGGCGGUGUACCAUCUUACACUAAUGUGGCUUCCAAUCGUGACGAAGUCAGGCAACAUGCACAAAGUACUCGACAAGUGGUGCCUCCUUUCAAGCCUCUACCACCAGGAGCAGCAAGACCAAUUGCUCAACAACCGGAACGCCAGAAGUUGGUUGUUCAACAAAAUUCUACAGCUCUUAGAACAGUGCCGGCACCAUCUUUAUCAACGACUCAACAAGAUCUUUUAAGGCAACAGCAACAAUCGAUGCAGCAAGAGAUGAAACAGAAGCAACAACAAAAGUUGCAGCAGGAAGCAUUCGCGAUGCAAGUGUUGAAACAACAGAGGCUACAGCAACAGGAAGCCAUGAGACAGCAACAGUUACAGAAACUUCAGCAACAACAGAAACAGCAGCAAUUAAUGGCACAACAACAGAAGAGGCAUCAGCAUGUAGUUUCUAUGCAAGUGAAGAGAGAUCAGAUGCCACAGGUGGUUGCAGUUGCAACUGGAAUGCCAGCAAAGUUGCCUAAUAUCGUUGCUGCAAUUCCUCCAGCUGGAAGCAUUAUGGAACCUGAAACUCCAUCGAAAUCAUCGUCUUCAGAUAGUUUGCCUCCCUUCAUCACGAUGCCACCAUCAUCAGCACAGUUGACCGAUCGAAUAAGCAAUAGUCCUGCUAUUCUGGAGGACUCUGUCAAUGAGGUGUCGAAGGAUGAUUUCGGUCAGCUGCCUUUGCCUGGAGAAGAUGCUGCAUCAUCAGUAAACGAGAUGACUCUACUGUCUCUUCAACCAGUGUCAUCUGAAUCAAGUCAGUCCUUGCCACAACAGCAAAAUGAGAAACGACAAUCGUUGCCAUCAUCCUUGCCAUCAUUAGAACCUAUUCAAGGGAUGGAAACAUCCUUGAAAGCUCUGGCAGAAGCCAGUAAUAUUACUCUGGAAGCUUUGGAAGCAGCAAUUUUAUUAAGGCAACAGCAACUUAUGCAAAAGCAGCAGGGACCAUCCACUACUAGUACUACGACGACCACUGUGUCUCCCAAUAAAAAUAAAUAUAAUUCUGGAGCCACUAAGGUGAUGAAUGCACCUCGUGAAUAUUAUCCAAUGGGUUAUGACAAAAACUUUGAUGACAAUUUUGCUAGUCGAGUAGAUCUUCCAGAUACGAGCUUUUACUGUGGGGAUCAGAAACACUUUCCAGGACUUUAUGCUGAUGAAGAUCUUGGCUGCAUGGUGUUUCACGUCUGUGCUUUAACAGACGAUGGUCUGAUCAUGAAGAGCUUCCUCUGUCCUGAAUCGACCUUAUUCGAUCAAACAAUUCUGAAAUGCAACUGGUGGUUCUACGUGGACUGCAAAGCCUCGAAGAGCUUAUACGAUAGCAAUAUUCCAAUUAGCAAAAGCUAUCAACUAAUGAAAGCUUUAGCAUUCUUUUCAGCGUACAAAAACCAUGAUAAUAGUACAAGUACCGCUCAAGAAAAUUCGGAAACAGAUAGUUCGUGAAGAUUUCACGAGAAAACCGAAUCCUCAUCCUUAGUUUACUAGUUGGGCAUCCUUAAUUUUUAAUCGGUUCUACGAUUGCCAAUCAAAGUUCCUCUAAUCCAUUAAGUGUCCCUUUCCUCAAGAAACGAUUUUAAUGGAUAAGAAGAACUUUUUGAGAACACGUAAGACGAGGGAUAUAUUUUACAAAUGUAUCGUUUAGUGACGAUUAUUUUUACACAAUCACAACUGAUGUUGUAUCAUCCCAAACGAUAAGUGUGUACAUAUAAUUUAUUGUUUAGAACGCGAUAGACGUAGAGAAUAAUUUUUUACCAUAAAUCUUGUAAAUAGUUUUACGUUGGUCUCUUUGUUCAAU